AUGAGCUCUACUAUGGAUAAUACACCCUUCGUGCCCUCUGGGCCAGCCCCAUCUGCACACAACACUAGCGCCCAAACCCCUGUCGGCGCGGCCAGUCCAAUCACGGCCGAUAAUUUUGACGACGAUACGAACAGUGAAUUCGAUGAUGCGCUAUCCGAUCUCACCUCUCUGUCUUCAAGCGUGCUCGAUUUCGAAUAUGAAAAUGGUAGGCGGUACUGCAGUACCCGCUCCACAAGUACCUAUAUGAUGCCGAAUGAUGAGGAGGAACAAGAUCGAAUGGAUCUGACACACCACAUAUGGUUGAUGAUGCUGGGAGGAGAGCUUUACAAUGCACCCAUCACAUCAUCACCACAGAACAUUCUUGAUCUCGGAACCGGAACAGGUAUUUGGGCGUUGGACAUUGCCGAGAAGUUCCCCGGCGCUCAUGUGGUUGGAAACGACAUAAGCCCCAUCCAGCCAAACUGGGUGGCCCCAAAUAUUGAGUUCAUCGUGGAUGAUUUCGAAAGGGAAUGGCAUUUUGAAGAGAAUCACUUUGACUUUAUACAUGCACGAUGCUUGGCAGGAUGUGUAGCUGACUGGCCAGGGUUUAUCCGUCGGAUCUUCGAUCAUGUCAAACCCGGCGGCUACUUUGAAUCGCACGAGAGCGCCGUAUGGGCCCGGAGUGACGACGGGUCACUCAAGCCAGACUGCGCAAUCAUGGAAUGGCAGCAGGCCGUCAAUUUGGCCGGCGAUUUGAGCGGCCGCGAGCUAAACAUCUAUCAUAAGCUGAAAGGCUGGAUGAUUGAUGCCGGGUUUGAGGAUGUCACCUUGAAGGUAUACGCGCUGCCGUUCUCGCCAUGGCCGAAGGACCCCUUUCUGAAGACUCUGGGCAAGUACCAGGCAGUGCAGUUACAACAAGCUAUCGAUUCAUAUUCACUGCGCUUUUACACGCAAGUGCUUGGUUGGGGUGCGGAUGCCGCUAAGAUUCAUAAUGCUGUGGUCAAGCAGGAGCUGCGUGAUAAGAAGUUGCAUGCCUAUGUUCAAACAGUUGCCGUCCAUGGGAGGAAGCCUCUUCGCUGGUGA